CAGAGACAACCAGUGAUUGGCUGGCAGGACUGAGAAUGGGGACGUUGUGUUCCUGCACUAGUGCCAGACAAAUAGCGAAACGCAGGGCAAAGAGAUUGGCAGCGAGCUCGGACGAGAUCGAUGAGGGUGACCAGGUUGUUCCUGACCUGCGACUGGCAAUGGACUACAUGAACAACGCCCCCAACAGCUACAGUUCUGGAGACACCAUGAACUCCACCUUAGCCAACAUGACCAUCAAUGACCAGCACCACCAGGAGAACGGCGUGCAGCUGGGACACAGAAGCCCCGGAGAUGCCAAAAUGAAAGAGACUGAAGCAGCUCUCAGUGAGAACGGAGUGAAAUCUGUGUCUGAGCUGACUCAGGCAGAGAGCGGCCACUGUGACCACACGGUGACACCCGUAGGGACGUCUGCAGAGGAAGCAGAGGUUGCCGCUGGGCUCUCAGGAGAAGAGAGCGCCACAUGUGAGGACGAGGGGCAGCUUGCAGCAGGAGGAGCAGCUCCAACAGCUCAAGCAAAGAUGGAUAACGGCUCUGCGGAUAAGACUCAAACUGCCACCACACCAACCUCUCUCCCAAAAAGACCAUCCAUAGUCACCGAGGGCAACAAAACACACGCUGCCUCCCGAAACGGCCCCAGCUCCAUCCCUGUUAAAGCCAGCAGCACAGGGCAGGCCGGAAGUGGUGCAAAACAACCUGGAGCCAAAACCUCUGCAAGGCCUGGAGAUGCCAAGAGUGGACAAAGCAGCCCUGGUACUCCUAAGUCCCCCACUAGCCAAGCAAAGGCGGCGGCCGAGGCCAACAAAGUGAAGAAAGUGGCCGUGGUGCGCUCUACGCCCAAAUCCCCAGGCUCGCUGAAGAGCCGCCCGCCCGCUCCUCUGGCUGCAGCAGCACCCAUGCCGGACCUGAAGAACGUCAGGUCCAAGAUCGGCUCCACGGAGAACAUGAAACACCAGCCAGGAGGUGGAAAGGUACAAAUCCUUGAUCAGAAGUUGGACUAUAGUAAUGUGCAGGCUAAGUGUGGCUCCAAAGGCAAUUUGACACAUGUACCCGGUGGCGGCAAAGUCCAAAUCCUGGACAAGAAGCUGGACUUGGCUAACGUCCAAACUCGCUGUGGCUCCAAAGCCAACCUCAAGCACACUCCUGGUGGAGGCAAGGUUCAGAUUGUGCACAAAAAGAUCGAUCUGAGCACCGUUACAUCAAAGUGUGGAUCGAAAGACAACAUUCGUCAUAAACCAGGUGGUGGAAACAUCGAGAUCAAACAUGAGAAGCUGGAGUUUAAAGUCCAGUCUAAGGUCGGCUCUCUUGACAACAUCGGCCACGUUCCAGGAGGAGGAGGGAGAAAGAUUGAGAGCCACAAACUGAGCUUCCGUGAGACAGCCAAGGCCCGCACUGACCACGGCGCUGAGAUCGUCUCUUUGGAAGACUCCCCCCACCAGCUCAGCAACGUAUCCUCCUCCGGCAGCAUCAACAUGGCCGACUCCCCGCAGCUCUCCACGUUGGCCGACCAGGUGUCCGCCUCCCUGGCCAAACAAGGCUUGUGAAUGCACCUCCUCCUCCUCUUCCUCCUCCUCCUACUCCCCUUGUCCAACCUCUCCCUCCACCUCCACCUCCUACUCCACCUCCACCACACGUCCACGUUAGAGGAGUUGUGAUGCCUUCCUCAUUAUGUUCACAGGACUUUUUUAGCUACCCAUCACUGUUUAUCCUUCACUAACUGUUCUUAAAAGAAAAAAAACAGAUUAACAUUUAGGCCAACAUGUAUUGAAUUUCUCUCUGUGGUCUUUAUUUGCUCUUCUACCUUUUGUAAGUUUCCCUUUAAGAGUCAAAGCACCCCAGCAGAGCCAAGUUCUCCCUGUGAAUCUGACUAAUUCUCUUCAUGCAUAUCCCGGUGGAUCAUCCAAACACCCGGUUUCCUGUCAACAUCGACUGUGAACCCUUUAGGAAGUUUUAAAUGUCCCCUUCGAUGGGUGUCCACUUCUGUUUAGUUUUCUUUAUUUUUAAUUAAAGCUAGAACUUGUCAAACGGAGGGAAAGCAGACUGUUAGGUGCCAGUUUGUGCAAACGCUGAAGAAGGAACAGUGACAGGGUACAGUGAGGGGAAGACUGUUUCAAGAAAAGUAGCAAUUUGUUUUUUGUUUUUUUCGUAAAGGCAGGAAAAAAAAAUGCUUACAGACCUCGCUGCUGUCUUUGCUUUGUGUAGUCCCGACAUGUGCGGCACCUCUGUAGGUGACCCGGGUGCAACCUGGAUUUAAAAAAAAAAAAAAAAAUACAGAACGGCUAGAGUAGAAACUUUGGUUUGUGUUGGGCACAGUUUUAUAAUCGUACUCUGUGGAUAUAUGACAUGUAUUUGAUAUGAAGAAACAUUUGUAUUGUGCCUGCUACUGUCAGUGUUAUUUUGAUUUGAUUUUUUGUUACUGCUCUAUUUGUAAAUGCGCUUCAGCUUUGACAUAUGAGGAAGACAACUAACCUUUCAAGUUUAACUUUUAUGGCCAAAUUAUGACAAGGAAGCUCAUCACUGAUUACAGUGUUUAACCUGCAUAUUAAACGUAGCCAGAAUAACGUUUAAGGCAAUUCUUAAACAACUAUUCUUAAAGCGAGACUACGUAACUUCUGCUAAAUAUAGGCCUCUUAGAUGAUGCUAUAUGCUAAGCUAACUAAGCCAACUCCACAUGGUUCACUGAUUAGUCGGGUAUUUUCCGGCAAAAACUGUUUUGUCCUUUUAGAGGUUAACCAAUGAGUGCUGGAGGGAGUAACCAUUAGCCAAUCAGUGCCAGGGGCAGGACAAAUGCAGUUGUCAUUGCUAGGUGUGUUGCUGCAGUCAUGUGCUCUUCUGGAUGGUUCAAGUUUUUGAGUUUUUGGAGUUGUUGUUCCGACUUGAGUAGGAGUUCAUGUGCAUUUUCCAACCCGGAAACUCGUUCUUCCGAUGUGUCGGACGCCACAUGAAUGCAGGGUGUGUUCAGCCAAGAUGAAACAUAAUGAAAUAAAUCAAAAUUAAAUCUCUGACACAACAAAAAAAAACAUACUUCAGAGGUCUUAAACCGUUUCAAACCUUUUAAAGAAAAGCUGUUCAAAUAUUCCUCAGAUCAGAUUUAAUGACGGCCAUGAUGAUUGCAUACGAGCCAAAAAAGCGCCACAGUCGAGACCAAAACAGUUCUUCUUCUUCUGUGGUUACGCUCCAUUUAAAGCGACUUUGUGGUGUUUGAAACACUUUUUAACACAUCGAGGUUUAUCUAAAUUUCUCUUCUGAUUGUGUAACACGUCUUACUCAGCCACCUAUCAGGGCAAACACAUACCUCAAAGCCAUGAACAACUUUUCACACUGAGCGUAACCUUGUUGUUUAACUGUGUGUCAGAACAGAGAAGGAGGAAUAAUGACAGCUGCCACUGAUAUGACAUUUUUUUUCUUUAUAAAGCUAGCAUGUCUUCUCGGAGGCUUAGUUUGUUUUUUUAUUUGCUCCACUCCCUUAAAACAGAGGCUAAAUGUUAGCAUGGAUAUGCAUCAAUGUUUACUUCAACCGACGACAGUUUCAGGUGGAUUCAUUGCGCUCGUGAUUGGCUCAGUGAAGUCAAACUGAAGAUAGAAACAAACUGAAAAGUUGAUAGUUCCGUCUGAUUUCAGGCAAAAGCUACAACUUAGCGUUUAGCCAAGUGUAAAGACGUCCCAGAAAUGUUUGAUUGACCUAACAUCAUGCUAGCUAGCAGACACUAACAGUUGCUAGUAAUGCACCAGAUGAAGUGAGGCUGCAGCAGAGAAACUUCUGAGUAUAUAACUACACAAAGGCUGCAUUACACUUAUUCUAGAAUUAAUCCUAAAGACAAAGAGUGUGUGUUUACUUCACUCAAACAUAGUUACAUAGUCUCACUUUAAAAAAGAAAAGAAAAAAGAAAAAGUAGUAUUUUAAAAUUCAUUGACCAGAAAGAGAACGACUGUCUGGAGAAAGAGAGGGAUGGAUGAAGGAUGGAUGAAGGUUGUUGAUGGAUGGAUGGAUGGAUGGGUUGAUAAGGCCAAGUUGAGAUGAGGGAUUUUGGGACGCGACAAGAUGAAGAAGAGAAACUGUACAGCGAUGAGCUCAUCAUCAGUUAGACACAUGACACCUGUACCCACGUCAGCUGCUAGAUUUCAUCUUCAGGUCUCAGAAAAACAGCAACAUGAACAAAUGGGCAAAAGUAUGUGGACACCUGAAGUCGCAUCAAGGAAACCAGUUAAUCCAAAACCAUGCUGCUCUUCUUCUUCAACACCAAACUGGGAUUCUGUGCGCUCAGGCAAAUUAAAAACAGGAAACACACAAAACUUAAACAGAGGUUCCUAAACUUUUUUGACUCGUUCCUACGGAAGCCCGAAGCGGACAUGCAUCCAAGCAUUUCGCUCUCUUUGUCUUCCUGUGAUAACGAGUCAUUUCCGGUUGUUUUCCUGGGAUCUCGACUUCUUCAUCUCUUAUCACCAGAGUUACAAAAGCACAAAAAACCAUAGAAACAGGUUUCACCAGAAUAUUGUUUUGUUUUCAAGAUCGCACAAAACGAUCCCGUUAUCACGAGAAACAAGCUUCAAAACGACUGAAAUGACUCGUUAUCGUAUACAAGUGGAGAGAACAAAAUACAGGGAUGCAUGUCGUCUUAGUGACUCUCCUGGGUUCAUCUUUUAAUUUAGUUAUUUUCAGAAGCCAGGGAAGAUUUAAAAAAAAAAAAUUGCCAUGAAGUGAGGAAAACGUUUAAAUUUGAGCAGGUCUGAGAUAUGUUGUUGUUUUAAUGCUGUCCUUUCCUGUGUCCUGUCUUCUGUGAUCACAAAAAUCACAAUUUUCUAUACUUAAAUAAGUUUAAAACUCGAACCAAUGAACCACAAUUUGUCUUGAUUUGUUUAAGAUUGAGAAGAAAAAUCACUUUUAAAAACACCUGUACACAGAUGGAAAAUUAGAGGGAAAAAAAGAAGGGAUUCCUCCUUAAAGAUGGAAAAAACUAUGACCCUGCUCCCCCUAGUGGUGGCUUUUAUAAUGAGUGCUGAAUGCUGGUUUCGUUAAUUGGAACAAAAGGGCCUAGCAUACAACAGAACAGAAGUGCUCAAAAGUUAAGUAGCAAGAAAGGCUAAUUAAAAAAACUUGUGUAUAAUUGUCAAUUCAUAGUUUAGAGAACAGUUUUCAAAACUCAGGAUUUUUAAGUUGCUCCCCCUAGUGGCAGCUUUUAUAAUGAGUGCUGAAGGCUUGUUUCCUUAAUUGGAAUAAAAAGUGGCUAUCGUGAAAAAAUCCCUGAACAGAGGUGCUCAAAUGUUCAGUAAGUUUGCAGAGUCGUCCGCAUACUUUUGUCCAUUUAAUGUGUUUUUAUUGAAACGCCACAGAACAGGAGAGUUUGAGGGAGUUCCUGCAGACUUUAUCGCAAAGAAUCUUGUGUUUGAUCAACGAUAUGAAUGCAACAAGCUGCAGAUUCAAAAAGUUUUCAAUAAGUUAGAAAAAUAAAAGCAUGAAGGGGCUCUAACAUGUCCUCAUGUUGAUAAAUAUUCAUCACUAAUACUCCCAUGAAUAUAUAGUGGAAGACCUUCUUGCAUGCACCUCAUGUAAGAGCCAGCUCGUCUGCUUGUUGCCUCCCUUUCUUUUUGUAUAUCCUGUUAGUGUAUGCUCUCUGGAUCCUGAGGGAUAUACCAAAUCUGCUCCCGGCUGUGUGUCAAAAUAAAAUCUUUAUAAAUCACAAAUACUUUAAGUUAACGAUCAGACAGGAUUUAAGUGCGUGCUUGCAACAUUAUCUGCAUGCUUCCUUAUUCUUUUCAGACAGAGCACAGUCAUCUCAGUGUGCAGGAUGGAGAUGUGUGUGUGUGUGUGUGUGUGUGUGUGUGUGUGUGUGAGGGUCUGGGAGUCGAUCCCACUGCAGAAGAGGCGAUGAAGGUGUGCGGUAACGUUUGUGUCCGGGAAAGUCUCUGCAGUAACAAAACUCAUCACCUUUUUUUUUGUUCUUUUGUUUUGUUCUUUUGUUUGGGUUCUUUCUGACGCUGUACAGUUGUGGAAAUGUGAUUGUUCUCGUUAUUGUGCAUUUUAUCAAUAACUGGUUUAUGAUGAUACUUGUUGCUGUAUAUGUGUAUUUGAAAAUAAAUGCUAUGAAGUCA